GGAAGGAGGGAAGCCCCGAGUCCUCCUGGGUAGACGGCGAAGCAGCAGCCACUUCCGCCGAGGAGAGGCCUCGCCAGCAGUAAAAAUGGCGGAGUCGGUGCUAGAAGUUGUAGGGAAGCUGCAGUCGCGGCUCACGGGCAGUUCGGAGCCCAAGAAGGUAAAGGACCCCCUGAAGGGGAGGGCGAAGCAAAGGUGGCGGGUGGGUCCUCUGGUAGCCGAGUGGUUUGGGGAACUCUGGCUAACUGGGUGGACAAAGAGGGGGCCCCGCUUGUAAGGGCCACACAGCAAAGGAGACGAGAACUGGGGAGGGGUCCUUGAGAAGGAGGUGGGGGGCGACUCGGAGGAGGUCGGUGGGAUGUGGCGGGGUGGCUCCCUAGUAUGGAUCCAGGUGAUCUGGAGUAAGGGAUCCCACCCCCUACUCAAAUUAAGAAUUUGGGGCAGGCUUGGACUUUUUCACACCGGGAAGAGGGAAAGACCAAGAGAUCCAACGUCUCAUUUUCAAAGUGGGGUGGCAGUCAGCAGAGCUCCGUUUCCAAGGGCAUGUACCUUAACUUGCCUUAAGUUAUUCUACGCCUCCCCCCUCCCCGCGCCGCCCCACGACACCCUGGUUGAACUCUGAACCGGGGUGGUUGCAACGAGGGCUCCCAUCUCAAGCCCCGUUUCCAGUGUGUUCCUUGAACCCCCUUUUCAGUGUGUGCUGAUGAAUGGUGUGCGGGUUGUCGCUGUGGACCUAUGAAAGGGUCGAUCUGUCAAAUAAAAUCAUCAUAUGUGCAGUGUAAAGAAGGAAGCGAGGAGGUUGUUGGGUUUACCCCCACAUCGAGCGGGUUGCUGUAGAUAUCUGAAGCAAGGCAGUCCUCAAAAUUUUAUAAAUCCCUCUGCACAAAUGUGGAAUCAUAACCACCCUUAGAUUUUGUAGUUGCAACUACUUUAGGUGUGCUGACCAAAAAGUAGAAUAUAUCCCUAUUAAUUUUAAACAGUGCUUUUUUCCUGGGGGGAAGCAGGGAAACGCUUAUCCCUAAACAUUUUGUGAAUCUAAGUUUGGCUUCAUUGAGGGGCAGUAUUUCAAUAUGAGUAGGAAAAUGAGAGUACCCCUAAACAUUUUUAAAGAAAAAAGCACUGAUUUUAACCAUCAUGUUUACAUGCAUCCCCAAAAUGGUUAAAGUGUGCAAAGAGGCAGCUAAGCUAAGUGAUUUUCAUUAUGUGCUGAUUGGGGAUGUAAAGCGUGAGGGGGGCAGGCAUGGGAUAUGGUGAGUGGCUCUGUGAAUAAUUUAAAGGAAAGGGCUGGAUUUCUUUUUCCUGGACUCAUAAAAAAGGGUUAUUCUGGCAAAUCAAUAUAACUUUGGUGUCUGCUGAAUACCCCGUCAUGUCUUUGCAUUGAACUGAUUUAAAAUAAGGUUACGGGAGAGAUCAGAUGCAUUGCACUCCAUGUACUGGAGCACAUUAAGUGCUAGAGGGAAAGCACCACAUCUCUGGUGCACAGCAUCAAACCACGAAGUGAAAUCAACUUUGUAUCUAGUAGUGCUUCCUGUAUUUUAUGGGUUUUAGGUUUGCUUAGCAAUGUGAGUUGCAUUUUUACCUAGAAAUUCCUUAAAAUCAGAUGGUCCUGCUCCUUGGGAAUUCUGGGAACUACAGUACUAUAGGCUUGGGGUUUCGAACCAGGUCAAAAAUGCUUUUUGAUUUAUAUGUAAAAUGUUAUUUUUUAAAAAGUGCCCGGUUCUUGCAACAAUUUAUAAAAAAGAAAUUCAUAGGUGUGAAAAGGAGAGUUCCAACGCACCCCCCCCCAGCUUAAUUCUUAUUAAUCUGCAUGUCCACAAGUAUGCUUUUUGUAUCAUCUGCUCUGUGUAUUUGUGAGAGGGGGUGGGGAAUGGCAUGCACAGCUAGAAUCUGGUGUCUGCCCUAUAAAAUAUUGGCUUCUGGUUAAAUAAAACUGUGAAGGUCCUAGACCUACUCAUUAGGGGGUGGGUGCCGACCGUCCAAAAUGGCAACUUAUCAUAGUGUACCUGUUACCAUGUGAGACAUCAGGGUGAUCUGUAAUAUCCGGGCAAAUGCUAAGAAGUGUGUGCCCUUUCCUGUUUUGUUGACUUUCUGAAUGGGUGCAGAUGUUUGGCCAAGGUCUUGUCAUACAGGCAACUAGUUGUGCCAUAUGGCAGCAUGUGUACCGUGAUAGCUGCUACCACUUGGUAAAAGGACCGUCUGUGUUCACCCUUCAUCCUGAAAAAUUCUGUGAGCUUUGUCCAGGGCAAAGUCCAGAAACCAGUAAUAUAAGCUUCCUGAGAAGAAUUUCCAUUGGAAAAGCGAAAUCAAAUAAUUUUGCUGCUUUUAGCAAAAACUUGAUUUUAUUCUUGCAACAGUUUUUAUAGUUAGAGUCUUCAUAAAUCAUCAAGGUGAGAGGACUGCAAUUUAGAAAAAAAGGGACUUACAUACUCAUGUAGACCAGUGUUGAACAAUCUCGGGUCUCCAGACAUUACACCUCUCGUCAUCCCUGGCUAGCUUAGUCAAUGGGCAAGAAUGAUGGGAGUUUUAGUACAAUAUCUUAGGACCCAAGUUUGAAGAACACUGUGCUGAACUACAUGGUCCUGAGGCUCCCAGGUGGGGAUUUUAUUGAAAUAAUUUCUUCUUUGCCUUUUAGCCAAUAAGGCUUCCAGAGCAGUUAGAAAAACCAGUAGUAAGUGGUUCACUGCCCUCAGGCUUAUGACACAUGAGGAAAAAGGGGCAGAAGGGCGCUCUUUCUCCUUCCUCUCAAAUGCUAACACCUCAAGCAGACCCUUGCCUCUCCUCCCCCUGCCCCAUGAGGCUUUAUGUCUGUUGUCCAGGAGAUAGGGAUUUUGCAUGUUUUAUAAAACCCAGGGAAGUGGAAGUAUUGUUGGAAUAGAACUCACACCAGCCCUUAGCUGGCGAUCAGGGCUGAUGGGAGUCGUAGUCCGAAAACAUCUGGAAGGCCACCCCUGCUGUAAAUCCUCUUUUCUAUUGCCCUUUUGUUGUUGUGUCAUCUGCAUUAAAUCCCCACCCAUACUUUAUUUUCGUACUUUUCUUUUUAAAUAAGCUGUUUGUAUGCCUUUAUUCUUCACUCUACCAGAUUUUGCGUAACAGAAACUCUAAUUUUGGGCUUAGCAUAAAUGAUUACACAGUUUGUAGUUUUAUUUUUGCAUCCAGACAGUUUUCAAAGAUGUGGAUUUCUCUUUUGGGUGAAAGGCUGAAGUGGCAAGGUGGCAAAAAGGACUGAAGACCCCAGAGAUGGGUGUUCUUUGGCCAGUCAGGGCUUGUAGGUGCACUGUGGCCAGGGGGAAGGAAACUGGGGUCGGAGAAUGGCCCUGUUCCACCUCCGUGUCUGAUCCUUUAUGAAGCAUUUUCUAUUUGUUUCCUUACAUGUCCCCCCCCCCUUUUUUCUGUUUUGGAGCCAUGCUGUUAGCUGCAGGUCUAAAUGCUAGACACCAGACUGACACCAGACAUGCUUGACCUGCUGCAGAACACAUGCAGCCCUGGCUGCAAAUAAAAGUCUGAAAGGAGUUUGAUCUCUAACUGAAAUUUUGCCAUUGAGCCUCUAAUCCAGGGUUGGGCAAGUGCAUUUGUGUAUGUGGAUGGCUCAGAAAAUGUCGCUCAGUGAUCUGAGUUGCAGAAGUUCUUUACGGCUUGUGAAACAUUUUGCCUGACUCUGGUCUUUUGCUUCCAGACUGGUUUCUGGAAGAGGUAGUGCUCUGGCUUUAGCCAAGGGGGCUGUAAAGGGGAAGAUAGGAAGUUGACUUAUAUGAAGUCAGACCACUGGUCCAUCUAGCUUAGUGUCAUCCAUACCUAUUGGCAGCUGCUCUUUGGUUUCAGGCAGGGAGUCUCUCCCCCUUCUACCUGGAGAUACUGGGGAAUGUUCUGUGUGCAAAGCGGAUGUUCUCCCACUGAGCCAGGGCCCUUCCCUUAAACAAAGAUAGCGUGCACUAGUGGCAACACCAAUGUUUUCUUUUUUGCUUUGUUAGUUUGGUCUUCUUUCUGAAGAGAGGCAGAGAGAGAGAGGUUGACCAGCUGCAGGAGAGAAAAGGAGCAGAUAUCUGGCUGCACCCAGAGUAAAUAAUUUGGCACGGCACAUUUUAACUCGUGCAGCUCUUCUUUAGACCAUCUAUAAACAAAACUGCAAUAAAAGAACAAAUGACAAGACAAUUGGAUGGGCUCCCUUUGUAGUUUAGAUCCAUUCAGUAAGCGAGUUUGUACAAUUAUCCUGUUAAAAUAUCUUCGGAUUGUAACCAGUGUUGGUCCGACUCGGAGUAGAUCCAUUGCAAAUAAUGGACAUGGCUAACACAUUAAUUUCCAUGGGUCUACUGUGGACAUAACUUACAACCCCCUUGCUGAAGAAAGAGCAGUGCCACAUUGGCCCAAAUGAGACUCUGCACCUUUGAGGCCACGUCUCCCUUUUGUUUUUAGACUUGGCAGAUGGGAAGGAGGUGGGCGGAAUUUUUCUCAAAACAGUUGUGUAAAACAAGAGAUUUGGAUAGAUGCUGCUUUUUCACCCACGAAAAGGCACUCUCCCCUUGGAAGAAUUCCCUCUGCUCCACAAUUGUUAUAAAUACAGGAGCCUUGCGUUUGGGGAAGGGCUGUAGCUUAGAAGCAGAGCAUCUGCCUUUCCUCCAGGACACCCCAGGUUCAAUCCCUGCCCCCCAGCAGCCUUAGCUGGGCAAAAAUAGCCUGGCUUCAGUUAUCCAUUCUGUGGUAACCUUCAGGUUAGACUACUGCAUGGGAUUGCCUUCAAAGAUUGCAUGGAAAUUAUUAGUGGUUGGUGGGGCAUAAAUAGAAUAUAUUCGUGGCAUUGUAUACAGUGUUAGCCUUCCUCAGAGUAGCCCAUUGAAGUUACUGACCUUACUAGGCAUCACACAGUUUGAGUCAUAGAAUCAUAGACGUGUAGAGUGAGGAAGGACACAAGGGUCAUCUAGCCUAACCCGCUGCAAUGCAGGAGCCACAGCAAAAGCAUCCAUGAUAGAUAGUGCUUGAUUCAAGAUGGUGCAGCCCUCAGUAGGUCCCUUAUUUAUUUAUUUAUCCAUCUAUCUCACCCUUACUCCAAAAGCAGCCCAUGGCGGCAAACAAAGCUGCAAAACAACACACUUAAAGAUAAGUAAAAAAAGAAACAACCCGUCAGAGACUCCGUCAGCAAUGCAUACUGUCCUUGAGGUUGGCCCAGAAGCUGCAGCUGGUGCAGAAAUUGGCAAGUUGACUAUUUGGGGCAAACUAUCACCACCGUGUUUCACUGCUGCUGAAAGAAUUGCUCUGGCUGCCAGUUUGCCAGCAAGCUUAAGUUCAAGGUACUAGUGUGCAAAGCCCUGUACAGCUUGGGACCAGGGUGCCUAAAAGAUAGUCUCGCCCCUUCUGCACCCAACCAAUCACUGGGUUCUGCAGGAGAGGGCCUCCUGUGGACACUGUCUUAUUAGGAGGUCCGUUGAGCAUGAUAGAAUUCCUUCCAAUACAUACUAAGACAGGCACCGACUAUGUUGACUUUUUGGCGCCUACUGAAGACAUUCUUCUUUCAGCAACUCUUUUAAGUGGAGAUCUUUAUCCCAGCCUAUGACCGCAUUGGAACUGUUUUUAUAUGUAGAUUUUUAAAAAAAUGUUCUAUACAUAUGGAACUGGUCCCCCCCCCUUUUUUUUGUUUUACAGCUGUAACUCUUUUAUUUGAUUUUUAUUUGUAUUAAUUUAUUGUUGCUACCUUUCCUGGGACCUUGUGGUAGAAGGUGGAUUAAAUAAAUAAAUAAGAGCAUAGAAAAACAUUUUUUAAAUAGUUGCAUGUCCUCAUGGCUAACAAUUUCAAGGUUGCCAAGAACAGUAUUUUUCAGCCAUCAGAUGCCUGCUUAAACAGGAAUACGCUCAAACUUUUCCUGAAACUUAAUAAUGCGGGGAGAUGGGCAUGCCUCACCAGGGAGGGCAUUCCACAAAUUGGAGAACCACCACCGAAAAGGCCCUGUCACGAGUCAGUGGCAACCGGGCAGCAUCUAAUGGUGAUACUGCCACCAAGGUCACAACUGCCAAUCAUCGGCUCCGAGAUGGUUGAUAUUGUGGGAAGGUGCUCUUUUAGGUACCUGGGUCCUCAGCCAGUUAGGGCUUUGUAUGCUAGUACAGACAUCUUGAAUUGGGCCAGGUAGCUCCUGGGCAGGCCAUGCAGCGCAUUUGGGACCAGUGGCACAUGGUCCUUCCCAAUAGCUUAGCUCCUGUAUUUUACACUAGCUGCAGCAUCCGGACCACCUAAGCAGGUCUAGGGUUGGCAACUCCUUGACUCUGGCAGCUUCUGGUCCUGGCCAAGCUGCCUUUGCAGACAAGCCACAGCAGUGGAGGGUUAAAGUCAGAGUGGCACCUGCCUUAUGAGAUGCUAGGAAGCUUCCUGUGCUCCACUAAUUCAAAUGAGAGGAGGGCUGCAAUGGGGCUGCCUUUUGCUGCAUCUUCAGGAUUCCUUGUUUGCCCACAAAAGGUGUGAGUAUUCUUGUUCAGCAGGACUUAAUUUCCCUCUGUGUCAUCAUAGAAGCUGGAUGGAUUUGUUUUCUUGUGCCCUUCCUGCUUUUCUGCUGCAAAACAGAACUCCCUUUGAUUGGCGGACGCCUUACUCCCUUUUCGUUUUUGUCUCUGCAGCUGAUGAAGAGUUUGAAGCGGCUUUCAGAGUUGCCUAUUACGGUUGAUAUCCUUCUGGUAAGACCUCUUUUGAUAACAGCUCUUCUUAUUCCCAGGCAUGCAGUGCAUCACUGAGGGCAUGCACCACCUUUAGGAUUAAACAGGUGGAAGCCAAAAUGUGCUCCGGUGGCUUUUUGUUUGACCCUUAGCAUCAUUCCUAACCUCAAGGAUUCUCACAAAACCCCAGUAAUUUCUCCCAAAUUGAGAACCAAGCAAAGGAUUCUUUCAUAUUUUAUUUCUAGUUGGUUUUUUAUUUGGUUGUGUUUUGAUGUUUUUAAUUUAACUGUUUUGGGCCCCCUUUUGAGAGUGAAAGGUGGGGUAAAAAUAAACGAGCUUUAUUUUAUGUACUUGGGGGGAUUGGACAUGUUACCCCCCAGGAUGAGACUGGAUAUACACAAACUUAAAAGAAAUACACAUUGGCAAUCAAUGAUGGUCAAAACUUGAGGUUUUCUGUAUCCCUUCUGCAGGAGACUGGAGUGGGGAAAACUGUGAACGGUUUACGGAAACACGAACAGGUUGGAGAGUUUGCCAAGAAUUUGGUGGCAAGGUGGAAAAAGCUAGUGCCAGUCCCACAGGAAGUGGAACGGUAAGCCAGACAUCCCCUAAUUCUGUUCUUUGAUGACCUUUUAUACCAGAUGACAUCUGGGGACUUGUAAUUCAUCAGCUGAAGUCAUUUCAUGCCUCAGAAUAAUUUGAAAGAUUCCCACGUUUCUUGCAUUGAUUGUGGCUGACCAGGUAGGGACCAAGUAAGUAAGCCCAAAGCAGUGUGGGAUAGAGUCCAGGAAUCCCUGCUGUUUUGGGGUACUUGGUGGUGCAGCACAUUCUUGGGGUGUAGAGUUUCCUGGCUCAAUCUCUGGCAUCUCCAGGUAGCACUGGGAAAGGACCUUCUCUAUUGGAAACCCUGGAGAGGUGCUAACUAUGGGUUAUAGCCAAUGUUAGUCCUGCUCAAAGUAGACUCAUAGAAAUUAAUAGGCAUGACUAACUUAGGUUUAUUAAUUUCCAUGGGUCUACUGCUUGAAUAUCACCCAUUCUGUGUAGUGACAAUAUGAACUUACAAGGCAGCUUCCUUUGUUCCAUAGCACAGGGGAUUCUGGUUCAUCUCUGAUCUGCCUUGUAAGCGUUAGGAAGGUUAGAAGGGUCCUGUUGGAUUAGGCCACUCUAGCACAGCAUCCUGUUUUUGUGGUGGCCAAUCAGAUGCCUAUGGGAAGACUGCAAGAAGAACCCAAGUGCUUCCAUCCUUGGACUUUCCAGCAAUGUCAGAAGCGUACUGCCUUCAAUACUGGAGGGUUGUGCAUAGCGACCGACAGCUUUAUCCUCAAUGAAUUUGUCUGAAUGCUUUUUAAAACCAUUAAAGUUGGCCCCCACUACAUCUUAUGGUGGUGAACUCCAUACUUUUAACUUUGUGCUGUGUGAAGAAGUACUUCCUUUUGCCUGUCCUGACUCUUCCAACAUUCGGCUCCUCUGCAUGGCCCUGGGUUCUAGAACCGGGAGACUGGGAGAGAGAAAGGUCUCUCUGUCCAUUUCCCCAACACCAUGAAUAGUUUGUCCACUCUGGUGUUUCUCUCCCUUUUGAUCGUUCAUAUAAUUCCUUGCAGGCAUUGUAGUUAAACAUACAUGCCACUCUUAGAGGAAAGCUUUGGUUUGUUUUAGAGAACUUCAGUGCAAAUACGCUUUUAGUUGGAAGGCAGGCUAUAUAUAUUUUUUUUAACGGAUACCUUCCCUCAGAAGAGCAACCCUCCCAUUACUAGUAGUUGUGCAGUAAUUGGUGAUCUGGGCAUGUGUCCUGAUUGGAAGAACACAGUGGGUUGUAUCUCCCCACCAGGAAUGCUUGAAUGGUCCAGUUGCACCCAUUCUAGAGGCAGGCGGCAGAAUUGUCCACCUCUAGGUGAUGCUGCAUAGCAGGAAGUGAGGCUAGCUAUAUGAGACUUACCCAGAGGGACAGUAGGCAUCUUCCUCAGAGGCCAUGUAAUCUGUUGAAUCUGCGUUGUGUGCAGUCAAAUAAUCUGUUCUUCCCAGUCCAGAAUUGGGUCACAGCAGGAAUAGCCCACCUCCAGGAGAGAUUGGCUGAGAGUUGGCACGGGCAUUUUCAUGUAGAGAUAGCAGCAGGAAACUUCUUCCAUGUGAUGGCUCCUUUGGGCUCCUUGGAGUCUUUAAUUACUAUUUUUAUCGUGGCUCGUUGACCACUUUCUCCUAGCAGUAAGAAUUACUGGCCUCGCUGCUGUUGCUGGACAAAGAACAGGCACUGAGAACUGCUGGAAACAAAGGCAAAGUUGACUGACCUCCCCUCCCUUAUGCUCAAGGAAGGCAGUGACUAAGUGUGUGAGAGUGAGACUGUAACUCAAACCCCAGAGAGUUGCACCAUCUGUGUUGCCUUUUCCUGUGCAUUGUAUGUGAUCAUGGAACAUGGGUGCCAAUUUUUUUGGCUGUUUUGAAUGAUGACUGUAGAACACCAGUUUAAACAAACAUGUUCACUUGCAUUUUGUCUUCUUCUGCGUUAUCUCAAAUGACAUAUUCUGUACUUGGACUGUUGGCAUGUGAGAAAGUAAAUAAGGGACUGUCAAGGUGAAGGAAGAGAUACGUUGUGCUUCUUGAGUGCAGUGGUAUUUUAUAGACACAUGUGGAAAUGUGCAAGCUCCAUCUUUAGCCAUAAGGACUAGAAACUUGGCCUCAAAAAAUCUCUAGCAUUCUGCCUAUUGUAGAACUGGAAUGGGGAGCCUCUGGCAUUCCCAAUGCUGUUGGACUGCAACUCCCAUCACCCUUGGCUAUGUUGGCUGGGGCUGAUGGGAGUCAUACUCUAGCGGUGCUUGGAGGGCUGGAGGUUCCCCACCCUUGUCACAGAGGCACUGAUGUCAACAGUCUUGGCUGGAUUCUUUUUCUAUCUCAGUAAAGGGAGGGAGGCCAACCUCAGAAGUAACUUAAUGCUUUGAUGUCAGGUUUUUCUGAUCUACUACUUCUUUCCUUUUCUAUUUUGCAAAGACCUAACCUCGAACCUGUAGAGCGCAGCUAUGACCGAAGCAUCUCUAAGAAACGGCAACGGGAACCUUCCCCCAAAGAGGAUGAAGAGGUUGACCAGGACUACACAGAGGCGUACCAGCCUUCCUGCAGCCAGUCGUACGAGCCAGACAAUGGGGCAAAAAAGCCCAAGAGAUAUUAUGAGCCCGAAAAAGCCCAUGAGACGUUGAGCUAUGGUGUUCCAGAGGACAGGACGUGGGGCAGAGAGUCCCCGGUUCUCUCCUCCGACCAGGAAUGCUCUGACUAUGGACAUGCGGCCUCGCCCGAGCCUAGUGAUAGCCCUCAGGACCUGUACAUGGACCUCUGUAGAGCUGAGAACCAGGAAAGGGAGCAGAAGUCCCUUAAUCGGAAGUCCAGUAAGGGCCAUGGCUUUCAGGACAGGCAAGAGGGAAGCCAGAGUAGGAGCUUCAGUGACUCCCAGGAGAAAGCCAGCUUGGGUCGGAGCAAAGAGCACAAGUCUUCUCACAAGGAGAAGCUGCGGCUGGAGGCCAAGGGGGAGGAGAAAGGGCCUGAUUUUAGCCCGGAGAGGCUGCUAAAGGCUUCCUCCAAAGAGCCCCUGCGAGACUCUUCUAUGGUGGGGGGCAGCAAGGAGAGGCUGAAGGCCUUGGACGGCACCAAGCGAGAGAAGAAGAGAGAAGGCGGCGGCAGCAGUAGCAAGAAGGAGAAGCCACACGUGGACUUGGAGGAAACGCUGGACAACCACUUGAGGAAGCAAAAGCACCAGGACUCUGAGAGAGUCAAGCCAGAGAAGGUGAAGCUGGGCAGCCUGGAGGCCUUGCCUGGAGAUCGGGAGAAGCGCAAGCUGGAGGGCGAUCCCUCCAAGAGCAAGGAGAAGAAGGCUUCGGGCAGCUCCAAGAACUUGGAGGGCAAAGCCAGGGCCUCCGAGUCAAACAAGAGAUCAGCCAACUUCUCUCCUCCAAACGAUGGGGAGGGAGAUGCAGAGGAUGAGUACGAGAAGCCGAAGAUGUCCUUUGAGUCCUACCUGAGUUAUGACCAGCCGCAGAAGAAGAAGAAGAAGAACGUGGUGAAGCCCACGGCUCCCGUCCCGGAAAAAGACAAAGGGCACGGCAAGCAGAACGGUUCCAAGUCCAGCACCAAGAGCUCUGACACGAGCAGGAAGACACACAAGCAGGCCAGCGAGAAGAAGCAGUCGGGGGCUUCCAAAGCAAAAAAGGUGAGCGCAAUGUUUUGGGGGUACAUUGCACCUUCUCCCCUUGAGGGAUCACUUGCUCAUAAGUGCCUUUUACAAUAAGGAAAGGGGAGAUGGCAGGUAGAGAGCAUCCUCAAAGGCAGCAAAGAGGUGGACCUGCCUCAUGGCAUGGCAGCUCUGGAGGAAGUUCUCUGGGUUGCAAGGGAACUGGAGUAGCAUUCUAGGGUGCUGCUGUUCAACGAGGCUUGUGCAAAGACAGUCUCACCUUAUUAAUGAGGAUAUACAUACACCCUCACCUUAUUAAUGAGGAGGAGAGGGGAGACCAUUUAUCUUGGGGUGGUUCUGCAUGUGCUCCAUCUGUUUGUGAAAUAUGGUCUCUCUUAUCCUUGUGGUCUAGCACCUUCUGGGCAGCCCAGGACCUCCAUACAUACUGCCCAGGCUUGCACCCCAGAGAGGUCAUCGGUGCUGCAAAUGCAGCAAAAACAAUGUGGGAGGAAGCAGUGCAGUGCAAUUACAUCUUGAACAUUUGCACACUUAUCAGAGGCUGUAUUUUACUUUAUUCAUGAUGUUUAUUGAAAGGUGUAGCUCGCCUCUUUUUAUUUCUAUUUAGCUGUGGGAGCGGCCUCAGCUCAGUGGCAGACCCAGAAGGUCCCAGGUUCAAUUCUCAGCACCUCUAAGUAGGGCAGAGGAGGACCCUUGCCUGGGACCCUGGAUAGUCGCUGCCAGUCAGUGUAGACAAUGCAAAGCUAGAUAGGCCCAUGGUCAUUGGUCUCACUCAGUAUAAAGCAGCUCCCUAAGUUCCCUAUGUCUUCUUGGUGACUCCAGCCUCUGAUAAACUUACUAAAAAGCAAUUGUUGGAGAUUUGAUUUCUCCUUUGCAGCAUAAUUGCAAGUGGUGCAGGGCUUGUGACACCUCUGCUCCUCAAUGGCUCAGGGCAUCUUGCUCUCUGUUUUGCUCCUGUGAAUUCUGAACUCCCCAAAUUCUGAAUUAAUGAGAAAGAACUGCUCUCUGCUUAGGAAAUGCAGUUUGGUACCUGAUCUAGCUUCAGCACACUGAGGGGCAAGCUAGCUUUAGUAAAUCAGAAGGAGGAUAGAACUUCUUCAUGGAACAGUGCUGUGAGAAUCAGGAAGACUAUCCAUGGAAAUGGGAUCUGCCUUGUCUUCAUCCCAGACUCAUUCACAUGUAAUGAUGAUCCAUGGUUAGUGGAUAAUUGCAUGUAUGGGGAACCUUUGGCUCUCCAGAUGUUGCUGAAUUACAAUUCUCAGCAGCCCCAGCAAACAUAGGCAAAGGCAAGGAUGAUGAGAGUUGUGGUCCAACAACAUCUGGAAGGCCACAGAUUCCCCGGCCCGGCCUGCACAGUGCCACCUCCCUCACCCUGAAAAUGGCUCAUCAACAUUGUGUAAAGCUUGCUUAACUUCUGUAUUCUUGGGGCCACUAUAUUCUCCAGGCACUAAUCCACAGAGACCAGAGCAAGCCAACUUGUUGGGCAAUGAAAUAAAAUUGACACUGCCUAACAGCGAUGGCUUCAGGUGUAUGGAGUGCAUGAAGUGGCAUGGCAUGAGGUCAUAGGGGUUGGGCAGAGCCCUGCCAAAUAAAAAUGCCUCCCGCAAGAUCCCCUUGAGUGGCAGCAUUGGCAGGGAAAUCCAUGUCUGGGUAGGACUUGCUGUAUCUUUCCUUUGAAGAAAAUUUCAAACAACAUUUCACUGCACUUUUAUUUUAAAAUACAUGCUGCACUGAUUCCAAUCUCUGUUGCUGGUUUUAUUCCGUGUUAGAUUUUCUUUUCAUACUGUAUUUUAUGUUUAUAAUUUUUACUUGUAAACCACCCAGAGGACUGUAGUCAUUAGCUGGUAUAUAAAUAUUGGAAAUAAACAAGCCUCAACUUUGGCCUCAACUUGAACUGAAAAGAAGACUAAGUGCAUGUUUUUGCUCUCAUUUCUAGCAGCGGAAGGGAAGUGAUCAUAGGGCACUGGUAGUGAAUGUGCUUUGCAUGCUGGGAAUCCCUAGUUCAGUUCCUGGCAUCUCCAGUUAAAUGGAUCAAGUAGUAGGUGAUGUAAAGAAAAAUACCCCUUAUGUCUGAGACUCUGAAGAGCUGCUGAUAGGUUAGUAUAGACCAAGGGUGGGGAGCCUCAGCGCCAAAUGUGGCCCUCUAGGGCUUUCUAUCUGGCCUUGGAACCUUCCCUCAGGCCCCAGGCCACACCCUUUACAGGCUGCUGCCAGUCAGUGUAGACAGUACUGAGCUAAAUGGACCAGUGGUCUGAUUCAGUAUGGUUGCUUCUAUUUGGAGGGCAGAGAGAACUGCCUUUAGGCAACCAGGCAGACAAGUGUUUGCUCUCUCCCCACUCCUGCCCACCAGCCGUCUUCCUUCAGGACAUCCACGGGCCACAAAUGACUAGGUAUGAGAAGAAAGCCUAGUAAACAUCAUAGCGGAUUAGCAACAAUUUCAUGAACUUUAUUUUGCAGAGCUGCCUUAACUUAAACACUUUAUUUUCUCCUCUAUUCCAGAUGAUCAUUGACGUGGUGCCAACGCUUCCUGACAUCCCCUUGCCCCCAAUCCAAGCCAACUACCGCCCUCUUCCUACAAUUGAAUCGAUGCCCCUUCCCCAGCCAAAAAGGAAAGGUAACUUCUGAGCUAAGAACAGGAUAGAAUCUGCUUGAGAAAAGCCUUUCUAAGACUAGUGGGACAGCUCCAUUCCUUUAAAACCAUCAACAACGAAACUCCUAGUAGAAUGUAAAAAGCAGGUGCUGAAAAUACCCAAUACAGAGAUUAUUGGAGGAAUCUUACCUUCCAAAGGCUCUUGGAAUAGAAAUGCACCAUAGCUCUUCCCCCACGGCCUCUAAAGAGCUCAGCAUGCAGUCCUCCUGCGGGAGGUUUCACACCUGGGUGCCACUGCUGGAAAGGCACUGCCCUGAGUCUUUCUCAAAGGGUGUAGAGAAUGGUGUCAUGUGAAUAUCUUAAUGUACAGCAGGGGUGGAGAAUGUGUGGCACUCCAGAUAUUGGAUUCCCAGCUCCCAUAAACCUUGAACGUUGGCCAUGCUGGCUGGGGGUGAGGAAGGUUGAAGUCUCACAGCAUCUGGAGUGCCAAAUGUUCACUACCUGUGAUGUAUUAGGGAAAGGUGCACUCGGGUACCUUGGACCUUAGCCCUCCGAUAUGCCUGCUGGAUUGAGAAAUAGAUGGACUCAAAAUUUAAGUCAUUAGGAUCUUGUGGAAAAAGUACGCCCCUCUGAACAUGCUUGGAGAUCAAUUCUUGAACUCUGUUUGGCUUUGAAAUGCAGGCAUGGAUUUCAAUUCAUUGAUCCGUGAUUCGGUUCAUGCGAGGUUUAUUUCCACUUCUGUCAGUAUUUUGCCAUGCAGCAUGCUCCUUGUUUUCUGUGUUAUUAUUAUAUUAGUGGAAGAAGGGCUGGAGCUCUGUGGUAGAGAAUCUGCUUUACAUGCAGAAGGUUCUAGAUUCAAUCUGUGGCAUCUUCAGGUAGGGCGAGGAAAAGACUCUUUUCUGAAAUGCCGGAGAGCCGCUGCAAAUCUAGCACUGAGCUAGGUCUGCCAGUGGUUUGUCUAGGUAUGAGGCAGCUUUCUGUGUUCUUCACACCAACCCUCUGAAAUCAUAGGAUAAUAAUAAUUCACAGUUAUAUAGUAAUAAUAAUAGUAAUUAAGAGAACUUAUAAACCACCUCUUGGGAUCAGAAUGGCAUGUGUCCCAUCAAUUUAAAAUGAAUUACUAUUAAAAACAGUUCAUUGUCAUGUUAUGGGAGCCAUGUCUAUUAAAAAAGAACUAGACAAAUUAAUGGAUGAUAGGUCUGUCGACUCCUAGAAAACCAGUGGCCCUUCAGAUGUUGCUGCACCGCAGUUCCCAUAAUUCCAGACCGCUGACCAUGCCAGCAAAGGCUGAUGGGAAAUGCAGUCUACUGACAUCUAGAACACCACUGGUUUCCCAUCCCUGUAAUAAAUCAUGGCGAUUGCUAUGUGGAAUUUCCCAGGUUCAUCAGCAUACCUGAGUUCCUGAUUCAGGAGCUGUCAGCUUCCCAGUGGCAGCUUUUGGACCAGGGCUGGAGAUGGAGUGGUAUCUAAGGCAGAUCGUUGACCUGCAAUGAGACAGCAGGUCUUCUUGGGAAGGACUCAGCAAGCCGUCUGAGCUUUGUGUUGUAUUUACCUAAACUCUGCACUGGAUCCUAAGAACUGACAGUGACUUGUUUCUCUGCUUUUAUCUCACUUCCCUCCUGUACUUCAGUACUGUCCUCACCCACAGAGGAAGACGAGGCUGGUUUCACAGGACGCAGGCUGAAUUCCAAGAUGCAGGUGUACUCAGGCUCAAAGACUGCCUACCUCCCAAAGAUGAUGUCUCUGUAUGAGCAAUGCAUCAGGGUACUCAGCAAUAAUAUUGACUGUGAGUAUUUGCCAGCUGGGCUCCUUUAACAAAAAGGGAUGGGUUUUGCAGGGAGGAGGUUGGGGCCUCUGGCUGGCUGAGAAAAACUGCCAUUUCUGGUUCCCCAUGUUGACUGAGUAUUUCUAGUGGGGGAGGGGAGGGCUGCUUAGGCCUUCUCCACAGCUCCUCACCCUUGACUUCCUUCUGCCCCACCUUAAUGCAACCAUGUUUAUUUCCUGGCUCAAAUGCUGGAGACCCUCUGUCAGGGUAGGCAAUAUAUACAGCAUAUAUAUUUCAUUUAUUUAUCCCAGCUUUCCUGCAAGGAGCUCAAUGUAGUGUGCAUAGCAACUCCUCCCCCCCCUUUAUCCUCACAACAACCUUGUGAGGUAGGUUAGGCUGAGAGUAAGUGACUGGCCUGAGGUCACCCAGUGAGCUUCACGGACAAGUGGGGAUAUGAACCCUGGUCUCCCAGAUCUGUUCUGACUCAAUCUAAAGCAGUUUCCUGUGCUCCUAUUGGCUUGCAGUAGCUGCCACUCUAAAUUGCCAAUGCCAGGCAUAUGUGGCUUUCAUCAGAGACGUGCCAGGCUACAGGAAUGUCUUUAUUUGUAUUCAUAGAGUCAUGACCAACAGCAACUUUCACUUUAUUUAUUGGAAGUUCUCUCUGCCUGUUGCUCUGGCUUUCCUCCCCUUCCUGCCUCUGAUUCAAGAUCCUUCUGCUCAUUCAGUGAUGGGGAACUUAUGGUCCUUCAGAUGUUGAUGGACUACAAUUCCCAUCAUCCUUGAUGCUAGUUGGGAAUUGGAGUUGAUAACAACACCUGGAGGCCUAUUGGUUCCCCAUCCCUGUGCUAAAUAGUGGUUUGAAAUAGAAGUAGGACGUUUGCUGCUGCUGCUGCUUCUCUCCAUGAUAUUUUUUGGUUCAUUUUCUUCAUUAUUCUCCUGCUUUGCCUUCCUCAAACCUUUCCUUAUAUGGUCUCUCAAAGCCCCACUGGGAGAAUAUUCACACCCCACUCUCCUGGUAAACACUCCUGAUGUGUGUGCCCCUCUACGCCAGUUUCAAGCACCCCUUUCUACAUAUUUGUCCAUUGCCACCAAUGGGCUCUGUGACUGGUUAAGUUCAAAGCAGUCUAGGUCUUGCUUCUGCUUACUGCCCCCUCCCCAGCUGAGUAAUGGCCUGUGGGGAACAUUUGUUAUGAUCUGUUUCUGCCUUUGCCAGCCCUUCAGAUGUUUUGGAAUACAGCUCCCAGCCAGCACAAUAGCUGUGGCAUUCUGACACCUCCCUGAGUUUCAGAAGGUGCUACAGUGGCCUGUGCUCUAUAGCGAGUCAAAUCAGUUGGGUCGUUGACUGCUCUUGGGGGUGUUUUUGUGGAUCUGAUGGGUCGCCUUCUCUCUUACAGCAAUCUAUGAAGUAGGCGGUGUCCCUUUCUCUGUGCUGGAGCCUGUCUUGGAGAGAUGCACCCCAGAGCAACUGUACCGCAUUGAAGACUGCAAUCACGUGAGUGUUAUGAGAUGGUGUGGGAGCAUCGGGGGCAAGAAGUGUUUGCAUCUGUUGCUGCUGCUGUUCCAUUACCGGCUGUGAUUAGUGUGUGCUAGUGGAGGCUGAUCCAUUAGGGGAAGUGUCACGCUGCCGCAUCAGCCUCUGCCUGCCCUCAUCCAGCCCUCACUUGCUUAUCUUCUUACUUGCAACCAGUCUAGGGUAGCACUAGCUGUCGGCUUCCUUCUCCUUAGCCUCAGUGUUGCCCUUAUAGGGCUCAGCAGGGAGGAAGAUGGAGACAAAACAAGAAUCACUUGGCUCUGGCUUCACCUACUGUUGUUCUCCCUGCCUUCUGCCCUAUUGGUCCCAAUAGGCACUAGUUUCCACUUCCUUAUUCAACUGUGCCCCCAGCUGCCAGAUCUUUACUGCCUUCUGCAGUAAUAAAAGGCAGCCCCAUUUACUUACAUUGAGGGCACAAAUGGGUGACUUGAACCUGCCCCUGGUUAUCCCAUGCAUUAGGAAACAAAACUGCUCCUUCCUCUCUGUGUAGUUUUGCAUCCUGGAUUCUGUUUCCUGGGAUCUGCAACGAAUUUUUGCAGCACAGAAUGUUCCUGUUCAGGUGCCAGCCAGUAAGUCAUGUUCAUCUGUAGGAUAUUCCUUUCUCCUUCAGCCAAACUUGCAGAGUCAGCAUUCCAUGCCACAGAGCAUGCUCAUUGCUCACUGGUCGUUUUUAUGAGGGGGUUCCAUCCCUCCCCACCAAUAUUAGUAUAUACUAAUAUUAGUAUGAUGAGUUCUUCCAUUUAUCUGGGUCUUUCUUCCAGUGAGCUCAGGCCAAUGUAAGUGACUCACUUCUCUCCCCCCUCCCAUUUUGACCUCACAACAAUCCAGUGAGGCAGGUUAGACUGAUGAUCACUCAGUGAGGGAUUUGAACCCAGGUCUUCCUAGUCCCCCUCGGACACUCCCCAGCCUUCCCCAACGUGCUGUACUCCAGAAGACUUGGACUUCCAACUCCAUUAGUUCCAGCCAGCACAGCUAAUGGUCAGGGGUUUUUGGAGUUUUAGUCUGGUAACAUGUGGGUUGUCCCAGGUUGAAGAAGGCUGCUCACAGUGUUCUUUGCAUGGGUUCCCAGUCACCCUCUCAGGAAAGGCAGCCUUGGAGCUGAGAAGGGAGAGCAAAUCCUUUCCCAUGGGGUAAGGGGGAGAGGAAGUCGGGUCUCCCUCCUUUAGUAUCAACGUGCUCCAUGGUCAAGAUUGAUAGGGCAGCUGUUGUGUCUUAUCUAUAAAAUGCUUACUCAUCUGAAGCUCCCACAGGAAAGCUGACAAAACAUAAACUCUGUUAAUUGCAGUUAGCCACAGUCUUGUCUGCUGCUUUUCCAACAUGCAAAAAUAGUUUGGUUUAAAAGAGUUUAGAAAGGCAAAACUAAGUUUAAAACUAAAUUUAAAGGCUUAAAAAACUACUGAGCUAUAAAUCUAGCUGCCGUUCCUGUCCUCAACUGGAGCCAGAAGGCUGCUCUUAAUCAUUAUGUUGUGUUUGCUCAACAUUGGCCAAAGUGGUGUCCUAGUUGGACAGGAUGCAACUGAUUUCACCCCUAUGAAAAUUAUCUGACUUACUCCAAAGACACACCUUCCCUUGCUUUACCAACCUUACUAAGGGUGUAAAUCAUUAACUACUUAACCUUUAUGUACAGUAUUGAAUACAAUGAGCCUGAUUGCUUUUCAGGAAAAGGGUCAGUUGAACUACAUCUGUGUUGAAUAGUAACAUUUUAGUUCAGAACUCAUAGCUUUAAAGUUGGGGAACACUGGCCAGCAUUUCUGGCACCGAGAUCAAAUUUGGAUGUGAAACUUGAAGUUCUAGCUGUUUAGGCUUCCUAAUUCAGAAUUUGAAUUACAAAAUCGAUCAGCCUCUUGGGUUUUUUUCUUUGUUGAUGGCUUUAAAAAAAAGGCAGCACAGAUUUAUUCAGGGUGCAUGUGUGUUUCCACCUUAAGGCAGCAAGCACUUUGUUAAAUGUCAUACCAGUUGUGUUUUGAUGAGAAACCUUAAUACAGCUUUCCCCAAUCUGGUGCCCUCCAGACAUUUUGGAGUGCCACUACCAUCAUCCUUGACUGCUUGCAGUGCUGGAUGGGUCUAGUAGAAAUUGUAACCCAAAGCAUCAGGAAGGCAUUGGUUUGGGGUGGGCUGCUUUCAUAGUACAUGUGGAUUUUGCUACCUUCCCACAAGGCAGAAUCUCUUAGAGCUCAGCUGGAUUAGGGUUCCCUAGACGGCGAUGGAGCGGAUGCUGCGUUUUUCAUUCUGAGUUGUGCUCAGUAGAGGGAAUUAGAUCUUGGUUAGAGCAGCGCAGGUUGGUCAGCAGCUGUUGCUGCUCUAAAUGAGCCUCGGGGGUAUAAACAGAGGUGAAAAAAGAGAGAGGUGUCACAUGUUUUUGGAGAGCGAAAAAACACACUCAAGAGCCCUUUAAUUUAUGCUCCGAGGGGGAAUGAAAUGCAGCUUCCCCAGACAACCAGGAGGCAGGUGGUACAAGUGGUCUCUCAAGAGCAGUGCAGAGAGCUCUGCCUUAAAGAAGCCUGCCUUUAGAAAAGCAGUUCCAAGUGGAUGUGUAGAGAAUUAAUUUAAUCCCCUGCGGUGUUUGUCCAAUGUUUUGCCUUCUGUCUUUCCCAUUUGCUGGGCUCAAGCCUUUUCUCUGCUCAUGGCCUGCAGGUUUUAAUCGAGGACACAGAUCAGUUGUGGCACAAUCACUGCCUUCGUGACUUCAAGAAGGAGAAGCCAGAGGAGUUCGAGUCGUGGCGGGAGAUGUACUUGCGCCUGCACGAUGCCCGAGAGCAGCGGCUGCUGAUGUUGACCAAAAACAUCCAGUCGGCUCAUGCCAAUAAACCCAAAGGUAGAAUGUGAAGGCCUGGGAUUUGAAGGGGAAAUGCUAGCCAUUUGCUUAUGAAACUGAAAGGAAGUGUGGAUGAGAACGGCCAACUUUUUUUAAAAAAAUAAUAAUAGUCCUGCUCUUUUGACUUCAGCAAUAGCUUAGGUGGACAGAAAUUUAGCAUCAAGUCUGGAAACAAUAAGAAGGAAAAUCUGGUUUAUUUACUUUCAUUUGUGAAUUGUUUCCUGUGAAACGUAUUUAAAUAAUUUAGCAGUUUUAAAAAGGCAAGUAGUAAAACCUAUAUAAAAUCAUUUCAUAGAUUAAAAAAAAAGAUUAAAACAAUUUCAUACAUAAACACAGUUUUUAAUCCAGUACAGGUAUGCACUGGGGAAAAAAAUCUCCACAUAAAAGGUUUGUUUAAAAAGGAAAGUAUUCAGUAUGUGCUGAAAAGAGAGUCAGCACCAGUCUGAUGUGUAAUGUAGGGUUGCUAUAUUUCAAAAAGUGAAAAUCCAGACAGAUUUUUUUACAAAAUCUCAAAAAAUAAUGAAGUUUUGAGCUAUUUUUAAGGAACUUUGCCAAAACCUACACUUCCAACAUGGGUUGUCAUAUGUCCACAUUUUCCACGACAUUUAAGUGAUUUCUGCCUAGGCGCUGUUUACGAGGAAAUUCCAGACAUAUGGCAGCCCUAAUGGGAUCUUCACUCAUUUAACUUCCUUGUGCCUUUGUUAAAGGCAGAAGAACAAGGACAAACAAGAUAUGACCAUUUUAGAAGUACCGUAUUUUUCACCCUAUAGGACGCACCAGCCCAUAGGACGCACCUAGGUUUUUUGGGGGGGGAAUAUAUUUUUUUUCUUUAUUCCCCACCCCCAGCUGCGGGGGAAGCCCGAGCUUUUAAAAACACACCUACCUUAGUUUUUAGAGGAGAAAAGGAUAUCUGCCCAAAGCGUGCGCUCCCGGCAGCAGGCUGCUAUCCGCAGCCUAGGGAGCCCUGCGGGAACUCCCCCGAGCUCCCCAGGCUUGCUGAUAGCUUCCUGAAGCCUGGAGCUCCAAGCUUCAGCGAAAGCCUGCAUUCGCCCCAUAGGAUGCACACAGAUUUCCCCUUCAUUUUUGGAGGGGAAAAAGUGCGUCCUAUAGGGUGAAAAAUACGGUAUUUUUGGGUCUUGAGUCAGAGCUCCUUCAGAGGCAUGCUUCAGAGGCAUGGCUGUCCAUGAUAACAUGAGUUAUCUGAAGGCUUUGGCUCCAUUCUAGGAAAUGAGAAUCUGUCCUGUAGCCCUUUCAUAGCUGACUCUCCAAGGUUAUUAACUAAUAGUGAAGUGCUCUGGCUCUCUCUUGUAUCUUUUUAAAAGCAAGAAGCUUCUAACGGCAUGGAGUGAAAUAUUGCCUGUUUACAUCUACAAAUCAAGGAACGACUAUAAUAGCUAGCAGAAAUGUUGGCAGCACUACCUUGUUCUACAGAGUAGGGUUGGUGCACUCCAUCUGGGAUUGGGGCCCCUGUUCCUUUAAUCCACGGGUCUGCAACCUAAGGUCCAUGGGCCACAAAUGGCCCAUGGGGGCCUUUUAACCGGCCCACGAGCCGCCCCAGAACUGAGCUGCUUGCUCGGCGAGUCCCCACGUGCUGCGCUAAACCAGCACAGCAUGGCACAGGGACUUGCUUCCACGGCACUGGAAAUCACGUCUGCAGACGCAGAUGCCGGAAAUCGUGAGUCCGCGCGCUCAUGUGAUCCAGCCCACGGAGGGAUCCCAGGCAAGGUAAACCUUGCCGACCCCUGCUUUAAUCUGCCUUCUUUGGAAGGCAGAUUUCCAAAGAAAUAACUUUUUCCUAUCUCCAGUCUUGCAGUGAUUGGGGGGGAGGAAACUUUGACUGCUGAAUAUUUCCCAGAGUUGGUUCUUUUAAAGAGGCCGUAGCCAUGUCCUAGAUGUUAGGUGCCCCCUGUCCUAAAAGACUGUGAAUCUAAUCAUGCAUGUUUGAGUUGCUCUUGGUGGUUAGCAGUGAAAUGGCCUGUAUGUGUAUUGCAUGUUGUCAGAGGGAAGAUGCUAUCACUGCACUCAUUCUGGAAUUUCAUGCAGGAAAAGGUGCAGCAGGAGGAAGCUUUCAUCAGAGAGGAUGCAAGCCAUCUGCUUGAUGUUGGGAGAAAGCCUCCCCCUGCUCCAUGAGUGGCUUGAGGCCAUGAGCAGGGAGGGGGGUGGAUAUAUGGGUUUUCCUUGCAAAGCGCUUUUUGUUUAACCUCAUCCUUCUCCAUUUGCUCACCCUUUUAGGCAGAGUAGCCAAGAUGGCUUUCGUCAAUUCAGUGGCCAAGCCGCCCCGGGAUGUGCUGAGACGGCAAGCAAAAUUUGGGACUGGAGGAGCUGCAGUCCCAGAGAAAAUCAAGUGAGUCUGAAACCACAUAGUCACUUUUUUUUUGUAAUGUUGAGGAGGAGAGGACUUGGGGGUGUUAAUUUGGUGAUCUAAUCUAAUUCCCGAUUUGCACUUUAUCAACCAGUGGGUUUCUGGCAGCUCACUUUGACACAUUCCAGCAUUUUCCCUAUACAGUCCAAUAAAGUUACAAUUCCACAUUCGCUAAGAUGCCGUUGUGGUUCUCCUUAGCAUCUUACUGGGUAUGGCGUUGUCUUUUAACUGUAUUGGGUUCUGAUUGCCAAAGAAUCACAAGUGGGAAGUGUUGCUGUUGCCCUCAGGUCCUGUUUUAGGGCUUUGGGUUGGCCACUGUGCAAACAGAAUGCUGGGCAAGAUGACUGCUAUUCCUGGAUCCAGCAGGGCUCUUCCUUGUUCUUAAGGUGCCAUUGUCACUAUGAUUCAGGAAAAGUUCCAAGCAGCUUACAAGAUGUGUACUUUUCAUUCCUCUCCUCCAUUUUGGCCCACUGUGGCUGUUCUGGUGUUUGCAGAAGCUGAUGAUUCCUUGAGCCUAGCAGGGCCCAGACUAACAAGAGACAAUUUGUAGGGAGAGGGAGCAAGCGUCCGUGAGGCUGAAGUGUACAGUUUUGAUUGUUUUUUGGUCUAGCAGUUGCUUUCACAUAGCAAGUAUGAUGGCUGGGGCUGAUUGGAGUUGUAUUACAAAACAUCUGGAGGGUAGUAGGUUGGAGAAGAUUGCUUAAGACGGUUCAGAUUUAGCAGUGGUGCUAUAAUAUCUUCUCUUCCAUUCAUUGUUAGUCUGGUGUUGUUUUUUUAAUCCUUGCAACCUCCCUGUGAGGGAUGUUAGGCUGAGAAAAAGGGAGCUUCCACUCUCCCUGGUUCUAAAUUGACCCCCUCUCGUCUACAUUCUGCCAGCUUAAGCUCAGCUUAAACUCAGAGGGAUUGAAAUUGCCUCACUUAUUCCGGCGGCAGUGUGAUUUCUUGGGUGCACACAGAGCAAUCUUGUGUCUUUUCUCUCUGUCUAGGAUCAAACCAGUGUACUUCACGCCAGCUAAAGCCAGCACUGUUCACACAGAAGAGGAACAGUCCUACGAUGGACCCAGCACUAGCAGCGGCCACUCGGGGCCGUCCCUGGGCAGUGCCUCCUCUGCUGGCUAUGACUCCAGGAAGCCUCCUGUGAAGAGUAAGUAAGGCAAAUGUGGGAAUUUCUCUAGGGGUUAUGCUCUGCUUGAACUCGUAGCUGUUGGUAUACAUUGUAAUACAGCCCGGGAACAAUGCUGGAGCUAUAGGACAUCUUGAUUUAAAGGGCUAGAAUCUUAUUUUAAACAUCAAUUUGGGGUUCUGUAUUCCAGAGGCACUAACUGGAAUCCGAUCAAGUACAUUCUUGCACGAGAAGGUCUCAACUUUCCUUUUCUCUCUGUCUUCAUUGUGUUGUUUCAGAGAUUGCACCUAUGAUGGCGAAGACGAUUAAAGAGUUCAAAAACCGAUUUUCUCGGAGAUAAAGACACCCAUGCCUGAGCGAGAAGGGAAUUAUUCUCCUCCUCUUUUGAUGGAAGCAGUGCUUAAUGGGAAAACAGGGAGGGGUUGGGGUGGCUAAGAAUCCCCCCAAGCCCAAUUUUAAGACCAACAGCACAGUAUUGUUCAAAGCAGCCCUCCAGUUCCUUCCUCUGCUCCUACAACCUGGUUUUUUAAAAUGUGAAGUCUUGGCAAUUGCUGAGAUAAGAAGGUCCACAAACUGUUGCUCUUCCUUCAGUCUCUUUCUCUGAACUCCAGAAUGGAAAGGAAUACCUUCUUCCUCUACCUACAGUGUUCUUUUCUCAGUCCCAAUAUGUAUGGAUUUUGAUCUCUCCUAGCAUCCAGUUUGGAGAGUUCUUUUUUGCUGGUACUGUUACGAACAAAGGCCUUUACUUGUGACUGUGGCAGCCACUGCUGCUUCUCAAACCCCAUUUGGAAUCCCAGAGCCCUAGAUCCACCCCAUGGUUUUGCCAGCCCUCUAUCAAAUCAUCCCUGGUGCAGCACGUUCUUAUCCCCUCAAUUCUUAAAUGCCCAUUUUCCCUCUUAUUCCUAAAACUCUCAUGCCAGAUAUGUGUUGAUUAGGCCUUUCUACAUAUGGACACAAAACAGUCCCUGCCCCCUGCCAUUUCUCCCUUCUCUUCAUUUGGCAAAAAACACAUGAUAAAGCUCUUCCACUUCUUCCUCUUCCUUUUAAACUCAUAGGAAAAACAACACCGGAUCUGAGAGGAGGAGCCUCAGGAGGGGAGAGAAAAUGGCAGGUUGCAGAAAUCUAAAUUUAAAGCAGUCUGAUGAAUUGGAGACUGAUCUCUGCUUUUGAAAGCCAAAUUUAUUUUUAAAAAUGAAUAGUGAUGUUUAUGGUUUUGUGUCCCUGCUCCUAACACCUCUCUUGGUGUGUUUGGGGGUGUUGUUGUUGUUCUAAUACACACUUCCAGUUUUUGGUCAGACUGUUUUCUGACUUUUUUUUUAAUUAAAUGAUGACAACAACUGGCACUUUAAUCAGUUCCCUGCAAGGAACUUUGGGAGAGAUGCAUGGAGUAGCUUUACAGCCUGUCUUCGUUUUCACAUUGAGCUUCUAGAUGGGAAGAUGAUGAAACUUCCUUCGCCCAAGAAUCUUGGACGGCACCUAAUCUUAGAAGGAGCUCCAGGCAAAAGAUGCAGGUGUUUUGUCUACCUUGAAGCGGCAGCUUGUGCAACUGAGUAGAAUCUGGACCUGAAUUUUCCCCAUGCAAGAGGCCAAGGGAGAAAAUCCACUGGGAGUUACAUCUUUCUUGUUUGUCUGAGGAGUUUGAGGCAUCUGUACUUUUGGGGGCCUGCUUUUUCAGCAGCUGGAGGGAGCACAGGCUUCAGCUAUUAUUUAUGCUGAUGGUGGUGGGGGUUGUUGGUUGGGCAGGUCUGAAUCAGUUUUGGGAGACUUGACGGUGUGUUUUUCUGGUUGCCAAGGCUGCAUGAAGUUCGGCUAGGGGGUUUAUGAAGGAGCCUAGCCCUUUCCUGAUCACGUGAAAGUGGAAGAUGGGAAUCUCUUUCUUCAGUGGUUUUUCAGCCUCGCUCUUGUAAACUCAGGCCUUGCAAGGAUGUUCCACAGUUUGACUGACACUCGGUGGUGUUAACCGAAUUGCAGCAGCUGAAGAAGGCCUGCUUACCUUUAAAAAACCCUGCUGCUAAUUCCUCAAUGCUUGGGGCUCGAUGGGACCUAUGAAGUGUGUGCCAUGCAGGGUUUGAAAACCUUCUUGAUGUUCUCUUUAAGCUGAAAAAAGCACCUCAAUGUCCCUCGAAGUUCCAGUUUUAUACACAUGCACACAUACAUACACACACACACACACAUGAAAAUUUUAAUGAUGAUGGUGUUCGAAAACGGGACUCUUGGUCUCUCUCAUGCUGUUUGGAGCUGAUUAAAGUUCCGCAGAAGCUUUAAUGAGAUCGUGUAGCAUUUCAAGGUGUGUUGUGAUGUUGAAAAAAAGAAAAGAAAAUCAUGCUCCUUUUUGCUUUUUGCUGUACUUCAUUUUGCUGUAUUUAGUUUAUUAUAUAGAUAAAUCUUCUGCCAACUGUUGUACUUAAUGUAUUUUCUCCUUGUAAUAAUUGGGAUCGGUGGUGUGGAUGGGGGGGGGGGAAUUGAAGAAUUAUCAAUCACUGAGGAAAGAGCAUUUGACCCUGGAAAAUAUCCCUUCUGUUAGCCACAAAGAGUAAAGGAAACGUGGGUGGUUUCCCUGUUUUUACUAACCAAGGAAGCAUCUGAGGAAUUGUGUAUUUGAAAUGGUCAGCUGGCUGUAGCCCCUCCCACCUUGCAGUGUAUGAUAUCAUUAGUCUGCAACAGCCCUGGUGUAGGAGAAAGCUCCAUAGUGUACAACACACAAUAAGUUAUGGCAGGGGGGCGGUGACUGUGGCAGCCACUGGACCGGAAUGAUGUGAUAUCAGGCUUGCUUGACUGGAAAAUGGGCAGCUGGGUGGGCUAGUUCUCUGAGAUCAGGGUUUGCCCCUUAAUUUCUGGUUGUUGCUAUUGCCAUCUUGUUGGUAGAGAUGAGUGUCUGGAUGAUACUUGCUGCUGCUAUCAGCUAUGCCAUUGGGUGUAUUCCACCACUGAAACUGAGCCAUCGAGUAUAUUCCACCCUUUGUGUCUAAUCUGAGACUUCAGCUGUCUUAUCAGUAUUACGGACUAGUUAGGUGGCAUUGUCCGAUGAAAGUUGCAGUGCAAAUACUGUGACGUCUAGCUCAGUGAUACUGGAACAAAUUUUCUCAAAUAGGAAAAGCGGACCCAAUGGAGAAUGAACUAGCACAUUGUCAUAUCCCUCUAUUUUACAGGUGGGCUUUUUCUCCAGCCAGAUGCUAGAUCAGUUUGGCUUAAAAAGCAUUUUUUUUAAGCUUUUCAGUGCCUGGGUGAUACACAAACAAUCUCGUGCAGAGUAAAAUGACUCCAAUUCUGAUUCUUCUUGGGGCUUCCCACACAUUUUAAAAUGGGUACAAUUUUCAGAGCUAUUCUACAUGCAAAGGAAUUGAAUGAAAGUGCCCUUCCUCCCCUUUCUUCCUUUUUUUUUUUUUGCAUACUACAAGGAAAAGGUAAUGCUGAAUUGCAUUUGUCUUUUGUUUCCCACAGCUGUAAAUAACAGUUUUCUAUUUUACUUUUUUGUGGUAACUAUAUGGAGAUGAAUAUUUUAACUAGAUAAGUUAUAUGAAAGGAAGAAAAUUGUGUCUCAAUAAAAGCCAAACACUGGA